AAUCACUAUGUCGAGUCCGUCGUUGAAAGACCUGCCAAAAGUAGCCUUAGAUUUGAAAAGCGAAUUGGAAGGUUUCAAUCAUGGCUGUAUGAAAAAAGCCUCAACUGCUGAAAAGAAUGUUCUACCUUCUGCUGAAGAUGUAGCUGCGGAGAAAACUCAACAAACGCUGAUGUCAGGCAUCGAGACAUUCGACCCGAGUAGUUUGAAGCACACUGAAACUCAAGAAAAGAAUUUGCUACCUGACAUGGAUGCAAUCCAGCAGGAAAAAGGAAAGCAACAGUUGAUUUCUGGUAUUGAAAAUUUCGAUCCCGCGAAAUUAAAACAUGCAGAAACACUUGAGAAAAAUCCCUUGCCUACCAAAGAAGCAAUUGAUGCAGAAAAAAUAGCUGCUUAAAGCAAGCAUUUAAAAUAAAAUGAACGGAAAAGAAAGGGAGCGGCGACUCGUCAUUUCUUCCAUUUUCGAUAUUGUGACAUUUUAUAACAAUUAUUCAUACAUUGUCAACAAGAAAUAAGGAGAAUGCGAAACACUGUGUUAAUGUAAUCUUAUGAUUAUACUUAUCCUACCGCCAUGAGCGUCCCUUUCGGCGAGAUGCACAAGUCGAUUUUUACAUAAAACUAUUAACAGCAGAACGACGAUGAAGAUCCAAGUCCAAAUUUAAAAAAAAAAAAUUUGAUAAACUUUUACAAGCUAUCAAUUUGAUUCCUAAUGUUACCAGCAAUAAAUAACUUUGGACUUGUAUCAACAUCUGUCUUUAAUACUAACUCGCCAAAGGAUGUACUUUUUAUACUAAGAAAACUGCACGCAAGCAAACAUUAUUUUCGAUAGCAACAAAAUUGGUAGCAUUGCAUGCGUUACAGAAUAUCGCAAUGGUACAGCAGUUGACUUUAUAUUUGUGUAAAAAUCAUAUUUUAUAUAACAGGCUAUUGUACUUUUUUAAUAUUUCGUACACAUCGCAUUGUCAUUCCGAUGAAAAUUAUGAUGAAUAAAAAAAAAUAAUUUGUAAGAAA